UUUGUUAAUUUAGUUCACGAACACUUUAGAAUUGUACACGUAUGAAACAAAUGUGGAUUCAUAACAAAGUAGGGCUGCAAUGAGUCUACCUGUAAGACAAAUAACAGGGCUAAACUCAUAUGGAUAUGUCAGAAAUGCGCGGGUUAUGUACCAAUGGUGACCAAAGCUAUUGUUUUGCUAACGUUAGCUGCUGUUUCAAUAUCUAUGGAAUGGAAAAGGCCACACUUUUCACUAUUUUCUGUGCUUUUUGCUAAACCUGGCUGUUGCGUUGUAAACCAAAAAUACGUUCGAUAGCCACGGAAAGUACGUAGGUAUCGGUAACGGAGUUUGAAAGUUAUUGUUACCCGGACUUUAAGCUAGCUACAGACGUGGAGUCUUAUACCGGGGUGACAAUAAUAGUUUGCAAGCACAAAUGGAGACAAAGUAUCCCACCAUGAGAAGGCCCAAGAGGAAACUCUGCUAUAUUACAGAAAAAGAAAGUCUGUCAAACCAAUGGAACAAGCCUUUAACAGUGAUGGAUGUUGACAAGUUAUUUGAUGACAUCGAUUCAUCCUCGACUGAUCAGCCGCAGUCUGUAUUGUUUGAGAGUUCUGACACUGGGACAAAUGGGAGCAAAACAUCUAGCUCCAAAAAAGAAAACAAAAGUCCUGCAACAAGAUCAGCAAGACUUAAACUGGAUAUUGAUUUGGAGCCCCCAGCUGAAAUGCACAGGCCUAUAAAAACCUCCAGCCCCAUUGAACUAGAAAUGGGUGUAGAAAAAGAUGAGAAAGAUGAGCAAAUUGCGUCCCCAGUUCUUUUUAACUGUGAAGAUGAUAUGGCAGAAGAAUUUGACGCAGUCCCUCUACCAACAGAGACACCCAAGAAAAAGGAAACGGGAACUAAAAAGGGUCAAGAAGAUACUGAACUGCAUGAUCGAGCAGUAAGGCGAGAGUCUGUGGCGGGUGUUUCGGUGAAAAAACGGCGUGCUGGUGAGAUAUCCUCACCUGCUGCAAGGCAAAAGACACCUUUUCUGAAAAAGCUUCAAGUCGAUAUACAGUCAAGUAAACAAAAUUUGAAAAAAGCACAGGUGACACCGCCGCCUCCUCCUGAUCCCGAGGACGACUUUCUAAUUCUGGAAGACGAUGCUCCUUUUUGGAUUUCUAUCCCAAGUAAAAGUGUCUCAAAAAGAAGACAAAGGCAGAGCUUGACAUCCAGCCCUACUAAAGAAAGUUCACCAGACAAGGGAAAGGUGGAAAUUCCAUCAGAGAUUCCUCAAGAAAGACCAGAGCCGGAAAGGGAAAACGGCCAACUGGAAAGCCAGGUUGUUGAUCAAAAGAAUAAAAAGAAGAAAGGAAAAGAGAAGACCCAGAAAUCUACAGGGAAUGGAAAAAUGAAAGAAGAUUUUUACGAUUAUCAGGAACCUAUCUCAGAUGACUUUGAGGUGCAAGAAGAAAAAAAGAAAACCGUUCAAUCAAAAAAGCGUCUUAACGCUGAGGUUCAGUCUAAAGACAAAUCCAAUGAGGACUUGGACAAUGAAAAACCCUCAGAGAAAAUGCAAACCAAAGACAGAAAGUCGUCUGACAAAAGGAGCGCAAAAGACGAUAAAAAAACAACCAAGAAAAGCUUAGCAAAAACUGUAAAGAAGGCCAAUAAACAAACCCAGAAGAGAGCUGUGCUGGAGAAGGAUGGAGCAGAUGCUAGUCCUGUAACGAAUCAAAUGCAGGAGGAGAGCGGCAAGGAAUCCACAGACACAGAAGAGCAGAACAAAUUUACAGAUGAAGAAUUCGUAGAAUCUAAGGAAAAUAGGAAGAACAAAAAACUCAAUCCUCCAGUUGAGUCUGGAAGAAGUUCAUCCGAAGAGACUGAAAGAAGGAAGAGAAAGCCGACUGGACAGUGGUGGUUGAGCUCAGGGAGCGGUGAAGAAAGCCCAGACCAGCAGCCGAAACUGCAAAAGUUAAACAAGGUCAGUAAGAAGCCCAGUGCAGCAGUGUGCUCUCCUGUGAAGGCCAAAAAACAGCCCGUGGGACAGUUCAGUAAACAAAAAAAUGAAAGAAAAGAGAAAAAUCCAAAGCGAACCAAAAAGACAAAAAACGCAGAAGAGGUGGAAUCUGCCAAAAGUAAAGCAGCAGAUGAGCUAUUAGACAUGGAGCAACAGGAGGUUCCGGACCAAAACCUGGACCAGGUGGAGUCUAGUCCCUUGAUGGUCACACCUCGUCAUAAAUCAGAUAAACUAUUUCAGAAGGUGUAUAAUAAUGUCUGCAGUGCUAAACAGUCGACUCCAUCAUCGGCUACCAACGACCCGCUCUGUGAAUGGGAAACGGGGAAACGGAGGAGGAAGCCGCCGGGCGACUGGUGGGCAGUUUCCAAGGCUGCUGAUGAGGACGACUUAGAAAGGAUUUCCUGGAAGCCUCAGCAGCUUCAUCCCAAAAAGACAAAACCUUCUAAGGCAAAAAAACAAUCCCAGCAAAGCAAACCUGCCGAACUCCCCCAAAAUAAAAACAUGGCAACCCCGGUGAAGACAGCAGGGGGCGCUCUGAAGCCUCUGCUGAAGCCUCUGUCCCCUCCAAAGAGUGUCAGGCGCUCUCUGAAGGACGUCUUCCCUGCAGAAGCAGAGCCUCCACACGAUGUCCCUUCACAUUCCGAUAAGGAAUGCUCCUACUCCGAAUACACAACAGGAAACACAUUCGAUAAAGACAGUGAAGAGGUGGGUAAAAGCACAACCACCAGGUUCAACCACAAAACUCAACCAAACCCAAAACGCCAGUCAGACACGUUAAAAGCUUUACAAAGCGGACCCUCCUCCAUGAUUGUGCUGGAGCAGUUUGAGGAUAAUAACAACACGAGUUUGCUGUCGUCCCGUCUGCGGGUGGCGCUCUGUGUGUCGGAUCUUUGUUCUCCUCCUCUCAGGCCGCUCACCUUACAUCCAAAGGAUAAGGACAACCUGAACGAAUGGCUCCAGGCGCUCUGGUCCACCACGUCUGACAAUGGUGCUGCAGUCACUGCGGAUCACUUUGAGUGGUAUUCCUACCAGGACCGAGCGCUCGGCUACCAGGUGGAUCUCAACAGCGGCUCCAUCUGUUCCGGAAAGAUCCUGCUGGGCUCUCACAUGAAGAAGCCCCUCUGGGUGGAUCACAGCGCGACCACCGUUUUCAAUGUGUUAACAAGUACAGUGAGAGUUAACAUUAAUUCCACCGUGUUCCGCUUCAAACCCGGACAAAGCUUCAUUGUGGAGUGUGGGCGAGCCUACAGCCUCCAGAACCUGAACCCAGAGCCAUCUGUUCUGUACUUUACCCGGAUCGUAGCAGAAAGUUCAGACUGAAGCUAUAAAUGACAUUUUGUAUAAAGUCUCACUAGUUUUACUUUGUGAAAAAUGAUCUGUGAAUACUUUAAUAGCUGUAAUUUUUAUCAAACUUGGCAAAUCUGUCUUCAAUGUAUGCAAUCCUGUAAAAAAACAAAAGUUAAGAAACAAACCUGUAAAUAAGUUUGUGCUUUUUAAGAACUUUU